GUUAUGUUGCAGAGUCCAUAUUUAAAAAUAAAAAAAUUGUAAUAUACGAGUUCAUUGAUUAGAACCUAGGAAAGGCAAGGGCCGUAGGCCUAUAUAAAGGAGGCCUGCGCCCCUCUUCUUCCCAUCAUCGACUUCGAGAUAUCUCUCAUUCCCUCUCAAGAAAGAUGGCUUCUCACUCCCUUUGGAGUCUGGCACUUGUAGUGUCGAUGCUCUUCGCCGGAGCAGUGGCGGCUCCACCCAGAAAACCGGUGGAUGUGCCCUUCGGUAGAAACUACGUCCCCACUUGGGCUUUUGACCACAUCAAAUACUUCAAUGGCGGCUCUGAGAUCCAGCUCGUUCUUGACAAGAACACUGGUACUGGAUUCCAAUCCAAGGGUUCAUACCUAUUCGGGCACUUCAGUAUGCAUUUGAAGCUGGUUGGUGGGGAUUCUGCUGGAACUGUUACUGCUUUCUAUCUAUCUUCCCAAAACUCAGAGCAUGAUGAAAUAGACUUUGAGUUCUUGGGAAACAGAAGUGGGCAGCCCUACAUCUUGCAAACAAAUGUGUACACUGGUGGCAAAGGAGACAAAGAGCAAAGAAUCUUUCUUUGGUUCGAUCCAACUAAAGAGUUCCACACUUACUCUGUGUUGUGGAAUCUCUAUCAGAUUGUAUUCUACGUGGACGAUAUCCCGAUCAGGGUGUUCAAGAACAGCAAGGAUGUCGGGGUGAAGUUCCCGUUCAACCAGCCGAUGAAGCUGUACUCGAGCCUGUGGAACGCGGACGACUGGGCCACGAGGGGCGGGCUGGAGAAGACGGACUGGUCCAAGGCCCCAUUCGUGGCCUCGUACCGCGGGUUCCACAUUGAUGGGUGCGAGGCGUCGGUGCAGGCCAAGUUCUGCGAUACGCAGGGGAAGCGCUGGUGGGACCAGAAGGAGUUCCAGGACCUCGACGCCUUCCAGUGGCGCCGCCUGCGCUGGGUCCGCAGCAAGUACACCAUCUACAACUACUGCACCGACCGGACCCGCUACCCCGCCACGCCGCCGGAGUGCAAGAGAGACAGAGACAUAUGAUGCAAUGCAAUGUGGGUUGCUGCUGCUGCUUCAGUCAUAUUCGAUAUAUAUAUAUUUUAUAUUCGUUUUCGAGUGGCCUCGUUCAUGUAUAAGCCUAUGUAUCGCUGCUGAUUAGUCCAUAUUGGGGGGGGCGGGGGGCGACAGAGACAGCCUCGGCUAAGCAUGUGAAGCUCAAUAUAUCAUAUGAUAUCUCACUUUGUGUACCUAUUUGGUCUGAUUUUUUAUUUGUGUUUGAAUGUGGAGCAGCAUUAUCUUGAUGCUGAUUUGAGCAUGUGAGCCCAUCAUUUUGAAAUUCCAAAAUGUUGUUUGAUUUUCGUA